UUGUAAAACCAGUGUGCGCUAAUCUUGCCCUUUUGUAUUUUUUUUCAUGUUGACCUAACCUCCGAAAGAUGACGCUGCAAUGGACCGCUGUGGCCCUCUUCCUCUAUAUGGAGAUGGGCAUCCUUUGCCUCCUCUGCCUGCCCUUCAUCUCGGCUAAGCGGUGGCAGAGCAUUUUCACUUUUAGGAUCUGGAGCCCAGUUGCCCACUUUUCAAACAGAGUCUUCCUUACAAUGAUUAUCAUACUUAUUGUCCUUUUCCUUGACGCAGUCCGUGAGGUGAGAAAGUACUCGGUUAAAAAUCUCGGCACGGAUGCCAAGCUGCUGCCCAACAUGCAUGACCACAUGCAUAUGAAGCUUUUCCGGGCACAGCGGAACCUUUACAUAUCUGGCUUCGCCGUCUUCCUCUGGCUGGUUAUGAAGCGAGUGGUUACCUUGAUUAACCAACUGGCUUCAGUGUCGGGGACCACCAUUGCCCUGCAGGCGCAGGCUGAAAAUGCAAACAAAACUGCCCAAAAGUACUUGGAAGACAACGAGCUGCUGAAGAAGACGCUGAUGGAGGGGACGGGAGAUAAAGCAACUGCGGAGGGCAUGGAGCUCUUGAGGAAAGAGGUAGAGAAAUUGAAAGACGAACUGAAGACGUCAGAAGAGGCGCUGAAGAAGUCCGAGUGCGAUGCGGAUGGAUUGAAGAAACAGACAGACGGUCUUGCUCGGGAGUACGACAGACUGCUUCAAGAGCAUCGGGAGCUUCAGAAUGUUCAAAGUCCUGUGAACAAAAAAGAAGACUAGCCUGUGGAACAAGCACUCCGCUGAACACCUGAAGUACACGCAAGCUUUUUAAUGGCGCACUUUUUCCUCCCAUAAACGAAUAUUUUUGGGUCUCCUGUAGCGUGACUAUCUUCAAGGGGAGUUUCACACCCGCUUUCCUUUUUCUUUCUGGCACCGCGACUAAGACGAUUGCUGCUAGAGUCAAUGCUCUCUCUUUUUAGUUGGGAACUUCUCCGGAGCGAUAUUGGCAUGCUUUUCCAAGGGGGGGAAAAAAAGGCCCAUUCAGCAUGCCUUCAGCUAAGUCUUUCUCGGAAAUAGUUUCUCAAUCUCUGAAUGGAUCAUUCCCUUCUUCCUGACCUCCAUCACUCGUGGAAAGUUGCUGUUAUCAUACGUUUACAUUUAUUCGGAUGUGCACUGAGAAAUCGUUAUGUCCUCAUUGACUUUAAUUUCCAACAUCAAGCAAAUUCCCCCAUGGCCAUCCGUGUCUUAAAUUGAAUGUGAAAUGGAAAAAAAAUGUGUUACGAAAUGUUUUUGUGGUAUGUUAUGGUACAGAGUACGGGUUUUGCCACAUGGGACGUUGAAUGUUGACACCCAAAUUCACUAAUGUUUCACUUUGUCUAUGGGGAAUGGGCUUUCUGCGCACCUUGUUCAUUUUGCUAGUCAAGUAUUGUAAAUCAACAUGUCUGUCGGGAAGUUGCGGAAUGUUUUUGAUGAUUUUAAUUUUUUUUGAUGUUUUUUUUUUUGUUGCUGUUUGUUUUGUUUUGUGAGGUGGCCUCUUAUACAAAAGCAGCCCAAGACAUUUUUAGGAUUGGUUAUUAAAAGUUAUAUUUUAAUGUAUUCAAUUUUACAAAAAUAAUCCUGAACAUUUAAA